CAAUAAAGAAGAUUUUUAAAGAGUCUACUGCAUGACUAAAUCAAAUGCAUUCUCUUUACGUAAUAUUAUAUCGACACCAUUUUUACGUGAACUCAUUCUUGACUCCACAGAGGAGGCUGAAAUGAUUCUCCGCGAGUUCCGUCAAGACGUCGACAACGCGACGCUACAGAAGGCCGACCUGGAGAAGCGCAUCGAGCAGCUGGUGGCCGAGAUCGAGUUCCUGAAGAAGCUCCACGACGAGGAAGUCGCCGACCUCCUGAAGCAGAUCGAGGAGUCUAAGGUGACGGUGGAGCUCGACUCCGACAGACCGGAUCUGGCCGCUUACCUGCGCAGCAUGCGCGCUGAGAUCGAGGCGGUGGCCGCUCGCAACGUCCAGGAGGCCGAGAAAUGGUACAAGGGCAAAUUCGACACUCUGAAGGAGCAGGCCGGUAAACACGAGGACCAGAUGAAGGGCAUGAAGGAGGAGAUCACCAGCUUCCACAACCAGGUGACGGACCUGCAGAACCAGAUCGACGGGCUGAGGGCGAGGAACGCGGCGCUGGAGCAGCAGCUGGAGGACAUGGAGGAGGCACACCUGGACAAGACGGCCGGUCUGGAGGACAUCAUCGCCCAGCUAGAGAGCCAGCUGUGCGAGACCAAGGUGGAGAUGGGAAAAUACUUGGCCGAGUACCAGCAGCUGCUCCACAUCAAGCUGAAGCUGGACGCUGAGAUCGCCACCUACAGGAAGCUGCUGGAAGGAGAGGAGAAGCGGCUCGGGAUCUCCAUCGCCGAAGGUUUGUCUGGAGCAGCAGCAGUGACAGAAGAGAGAACCACGUCUGUGUCUCGUACUGUAGAGACACACACGGCUAUGGCCUGAAGAUCAACCUCGACUAAACCAUGUCCUGCUAAACUAGCCGAGUUCACUGGGCCUUCUGAGAAUCACAAUGAAUAAAAUGGUCUCAAAAUGUUCCCAGGCACUAAAUAAAGCUUGAUUUCAAUGCACACUUGUCUCUGCUGUAUACUUUCUUAUAAAGCCUCAGUUAUUCUGACCUGCUGUCUAUAGGCUGAAAGAUGGACAAACUAAUACUUUAUUCCUGGAGUUUCUGCAUUAGUUGGUUCCUUACCAUUAUUCAGUUGGAUGAGAACAGAAAUGAGCUGAAUAAUAAUACUAUUGUGUUCUGUAGAGCUGAUUUACAGCUGAACUUAUUUUAUAAUUGAUGAACAGCCACGGUUAUUAAACUCUAUUGAAUCAACAUGUAAUUGAUUUCUUUUUCAGUUUUUUGUUGUUGUUGUCAUCCAGUACAGGUUUCUAAACUUUUAUAAAUCAAGAUAUUUGAGAGGCAGAAUGAGGAGAUAUUGAGUCUAGUUUUCU